UGUUGACUUCUGCUUGAAUCCUACGUCUGCUGACACUAUAUCUCAACGUGAUUUAAGUAAAUUCGUAAUUCUUAAAUGAUAUGGUGCUGGAAAUUAAUUUCAAACGUCCGUUGCAAUGUCUGCGAACAAAAUGACAAGUAACAUGCUCGGUGUUUUGGUCCUGGGUCUGGUGAAAGAAGAGAAAUGAUAUCUUAUCUCAUGUACCUGAUGUCCUGAUUGUCCCGAAAGGACAUGGUUUGAUUAUGGGACCGUGUCUCAAAACGUCUCAUAGACUUUCCACUGUUUUUCACCUCACACGUGGAAAGUACAAACAAACAUAACCUGAGGCUCCUGAGGCGUUCUUUCCAUCAUCUGAUAUUAGUGCAUCUGAUCGGGAACCAUGAGGAUGAAGAUACAAGUUAAAUUAGUUGCUCGCAUUAUAGCUUACAUCUUGUUUACUUUUGCAUUAUGUGAAUAUUUUAUGUACUACCUCGUUAUAUAUCAGUGUUCUUGGCCUGAGCUAAAGUCAGAGAAGCCGAGCUCAUCUUCACCUUCCAAAAACUAUAAUGAACCAGUUCGGGCUAUGUUUUUGGCGGACACACAUCUUCUAGGGUCUCGCAAUGGACACUGGUUCGACAAACUUAGGAGGGAAUGGCAGAUGUAUAGAGCAUUUCAAAGUGCAAUUUCCCUGCACAAACCUGAAGUAGUAUUUUUUUUGGGUGAUGUUUUUGAUGAAGGCCUCUGGUGUGGCAAGGUGGAAUUUGACUAUUAUGUAGAUCGAUUUAAUAGUUUGUUUAAAGUACCUGAAGGAACUAAAGUAUUUGUUGCUGCUGGAAAUCAUGACAUUGGCUUUCACUAUGCAAUCAGUCCAUAUUUGAAUGAGCGGUUCAAGAAUGCAUUUAAUGCCCCUCCUGUAAAGAUAGUAUCUAUUAGAGGCAAUCACUUUGUACUCAUCAAUAGUAUGGCAAUGGAAGGGGAUGACUGUUCUCUUUGCCGACAAGCUGAAGUUAAAUUGAUGACUAUUGCGGAAAAGUUGAGAUGCUACCAAGGUGUGGGGAAAGGAUGUGCCCCAGGGAUGCCCCAGAAGCAAUACAGCAGGCCAAUUAUUUUACAGCAUUUCCCUAUGUACCGAGACUCUGACAAAAAUUGUGAUGAACCUGAUGAAGCCCCAGAGGACCUCAAAAGGAUGAAAUUUCGAGAGCGAUGGGAGUGUCUUUCUCGAGAAGCAACAGAGAUGAUAUUUGAUCAACUGGAUCCAAGAGCUGUAUUCACUGGGCACACACAUCACGGAUGCCAUGUUGUUCAUGGGGCUUCUCAGGACAUCCAUGAGUACACAGUAUCUUCAUUUAGCUGGAGAAACAAAGACAACCCUACUUUCCUUUUGGGUAUGAUUACCCCCAACAACUAUGCUGUUUCAAAAUGUCAUAUGCCACGUGAAUCUACUAUCAUCUUCCUGUACAUUGCAAGCCUUGUUGGCUUUGUACUUUGGUUUGUUCGUCGUAUGUACCUUUUCUCAUCUUUUCGCCACAACUCUGUCAGAGGCUUUAAAAGUUGUUGAUUUUGUAGCAGAAUUUAUUCAUUCUGAUCUUAAGUCUGAUGUUGUGCUUUUUAAAAAAAAAUUCUGUAUUUAAAAUAUAUAUGCAUAUGUUGUCCUUAAAAUUUGUCUAUAUAAAUAUUUUAUUGAUCUCAUUGUGCUUAUCUGUGAUGCAGGCUGGUGAGAUUUCUUCAUUCUAGUAGCAGACUUGCUUAGCUAUGAGUCAGUGUUUUGCAUAGUGCCAGAAGAUAGGCUUAGUUAUACGCAUGAAAUCUCAUCAGAAAAGGACUACAUGCAGCUGACCACAUCAUUGUGCCAAUUUAAGAAGUUGACUAUAGAAAAUUUAUUAUUUAAGUUGUUGAUAAUUUUAAUACAUUGAGUGCGGCGGGUAAUUGGAGGGUAAACAUGCCGCAACCGUGAUAAUACUGGACAAAGUGUUUUAAGUAUUUGGCUGACAUCAAAUUAUUCACUAUUAUAUUGGUGUGUUUGCUGCAGUUCUCUUCAAUAAUAAUAAAAGACAAUUGUAACUUU